AAUUUAUGCUGUCAUAUGGGUUGAUACUCUGAUCAUGACUCGGGCUGUCCGCAAUAGGGUACUAAAGGAUGCCAAUGGUGAUAUUAGUGAUCAUCUACGCAACCACAUCCAUUUAACAAAUUGUAUUCACUUGAAGAACCACAUGCACAAGAACAGCCCCAUACUGGCUGAUAGGUCAAUCAUGAGGGAUCUUGUUGUGCUGCAAAGAUCACGCUCUCUCAGGGACCCUUCUGCGAGUCCUCCAUCAUGGCACUCACCUUCUGUAGCUGAUGUACAUUUCAGAAGAGUUGAAAAUGAUGCCAUGGUUCAGGGGGGAAGAAGGUCUGUAGGUGUUGAGCGCAGGAAGGAAGGGAGGAGAUUGUCUGGAACCUCACCACCCUUGGUGAAUUUAGGUACAUCAAGAGCUGCUUCAGGUGAGGCUAGUAGGGGUAAUGAUGGGGUACUGGCAACUAGUGAACGUGGUAGCACGAGUGUAAUGGGCGAUGGGAGGAGAGUUGGGAGAGAAGCAACUGGUAGGAAGAGUGAUAGGCCUGAUUAUUUGGAUGUUAGUCAAGAGCAACCUCUCAAUCAAGCUGGCAAAAGUUUGGCUGAAGAUGUUAUUUCAAGGCAUUCUGAAUCUAAAGAGAGAAGGAGCAGACAGCGGGGGAAGAAUGUUCAGGAUGUUCAAGUUAAGACCCUUUCUGAGCAGCUGAACGAUGUUCCAUUGGAUAGUGAUGAUUUAGCAUCAUCAAACAUUCAUUUUCGAGGAAGGUAUCCAAGACAGGGGAAAAUUAUUGAGGAGGCAGAGGCCGGCAUACAUGGUCAUGGCAGGGGAAUGAAUAGAGUAAAAAGGCGUAAAUUUCGAAACACAAGAAGAGCUCGGGUUGCUACAUCAUCAAGAGAUAUUGGAGCUGAGAAUGAAUUGUCUGUGGCUUCCAACUCAUUGGCUCAGGGUACAACUCUCCCCAAAUAUCACUCGGAGGAGGUUAAUGAUUAUGCAGAUGAAAAUGUUACUAGAGCUCCAAAAAAUGGGUGCGGCAUUCCUUGGAAUUGGUCCAGAAUUCAUCAUAGAGGUAAAACAAUCCUUGACAUGGCUGGGAGAAGUUUUUCUUGUGGUUUAUCUGACUCUAGGUUAAAGAAAGGGACAUUAAAUGCCAAUGGAAGAAAUAUUUCUGAGAUGCCUUUGGCAUCCGAGCAAUCAAGCUCGUGUACUAAAUCUGAUGCUGAGGUACUACCUUUACUACCUGAGGCAUCUGGAUCUCAUGGAAGCACUGAAAAUGCUUGUUGGGACCACGAUUAUUCUGGGGAACUAGGUCUCUUUGGUGAUAAUUUGUUCAAGCAUGAUAUCGAUUCUGACCUUGCUUCUGAAGCUAGAUCUGGCAACCAGCACAAGUUGAGAGGGAAUCGUCGUAGUAGACACCAAAGCCUAACACAAAAAUAUAUGCCGCGAACAUUCAGAAAUAUGGUUGGACAGAAUUUAGUGGCACAAGCUCUUUCAAAUGCAGUAAUGAGAAGGAAAGUUGGAUUGCUAUAUGUGUUUUAUGGUCCCCAUGGCACUGGAAAAACUUCCUGUGCUCGCAUAUUUGCCAGAGCUUUGAAUUGCAAUUCUUCAGAACACCCAAAACCUUGUGGCUUUUGCAAUUAUUGCAUAGCACAUGAUAUGGGCAAGAGUAGAAAUAUAAGAGAAAUUGGUCCAGUCAGUAAUUUUGACUCUGAUAGCAUCAUGGAUCUACUUGACAGUAUGAUUGUUUCCCCGCUUCCGUCACAGUACAAAGUGUUUAUUUUUGAUGACUGUGAUACUCUGUCAGCAGAUUGUUGGAAUGCUAUAUCGAAGGUCAUAGAUCGAGCACCUAGGCGCGUGGUUUUUAUGCUUGUCAGUUCUAGUCUUGAUGUCUUGCCUCAUAUAAUAAUAUCCAGGUGCCAAAAAUUCUUUUUCCCAAAGCUGAAGGAUGCAGAUAUUAUAUAUACACUGCAGUGGAUUGCAACCAAAGAAGGUCUAGAAAUUGAUAAGGAUGCCAUGAAACUCAUUGCAUCAAGAUCAGAUGGAUCAUUGAGAGAUGCUGAGAUGACCCUUGAACAACUUAGUUUGCUUGGGCAGAGAAUAUCUGUUCCUCUUGUUCAGGAACUGGUAGGGCUUAUCUCUGAUGAGAAAUUGGUGGAUCUGCUUGAUUUGGCAUUAUCUGCAGACACAGUUAACACUGUGAAGAAUUUGAGAGUGAUCAUGGAAACUGGUGUUGAGCCAUUAGCUUUAAUGUCACAACUUGCUACCGUAAUUACUGAUAUACUUGCUGGGACCUAUGAUUUCACAAAAGAAAGGCGAAGAAGGAAGUUCUUCCGGAGACAGCCAUUGUCCAAAGAAGACAUGGAAAAGCUUCGCCAAGCUCUGAAAACUUUAUCUGAAGCUGAGAAGCAGUUGAGGAUGUCCAAUGACAAGCUAACGUGGUUGACAGCUGCAUUGCUUCAACUUGCUCCUGACCAGCAAUAUGUGUUGCCUACUUCAUCUGAUAAUAGUUUCAACCAUAGUCCCUUGGCUCUAAAAAAUGCAGAUGGGAGAGAAGCAGCUAGAAUAGGUGGUAAUCCUGUUGAAAUUCCUAAUGAAGCGAGACGAGUAUCAAUGGAUGCUAGAAUAGAAAAUUUCUAUGCUGGAAGCUCAGUAGAUCGUAUGACAAAGGGUCUUAGUUCAGAGAAAAGGAGACUUAGUGUGUCUGGUUUUGCUCCUCAACAUACUUAUUCGCAUGCCACCAAUAAUAUUAGGAUGAAUGAAAGGCAGAUUUUUGGUAAAAACCAUAAAGAAAUUGAAGAGAUAUGGUUACAGGUGCUUGAGAGGAUUCCAAUUACUGGUCUGAGAAAAUUCUUGCAUAAAGAAGGCAAGCUGAUCUCUGUUAGUUUUGGGGCAGCUCCAACUGUGCAGCUAAUGCUUAGUUCUCAACAGACCAAAUCUACUGCUGAGAGGUUCACAGGUCCCAUCUCACAAGCAUUUGAAUCUAUCCUUGGAUCUUCUAUAACAAUAGAAAUUAGAUGUGAUUCAAAUAAAGAUGAAGGCUCAGCUGUUCAACUGCCUCUUAUAUUGCCUGCUGUCAACGAUGGUUCGUCCCAGAUUAGAGACUUAAAUGGUGUUGGCACUCAAGCUCAUCCUGCACUAACUGAUUCUGUUGGAAAUAGAAGGUGGGAAGAGGCAGCUUCUCAAGUGGAGCACAAGAAUAAUGAGCAGCAGGUUGAUGCUCAUGCAACACCUUAUAGAAGCCUAGAAGGUACAAGCAUAGGACAUGCAUCAGCUUCCCAAAAAAAGCCAAUUGUUUUAGAGCGAAGAAAGCUUACAGACUUAAAUGGUGUUGGCACUCAAGUUCGUCGUGAACUAACUGAUUCUGUUGGAAAUAGAAGGGGUGAAAUUGUAGAAGAGGCAGCUUCUCAAGUGGAGCACAAGAAUAAUGAGCAGCAGGUUGAUGCUCAUGCAACACCUUAUAGAAGUCUAGAAGGUACAAGCAUAGGACAUGCAUCAGCUUCCCAAAAAAAGCCAAUUGUUUUAGACCGCAGAAAGCUCAGGGAGCAGGGUCAUAGUCAAAGUCUUGUAAGAAGUAAGGUAUCCCUUGCUCAUGUAAUCCAGCAGGCCGAAGGUCAGCGAAGUGGGUGGUCAAAACGCAAAGCAGUUUCUAUUGCUGAAAAGCUUGAACAAGAGAAUCUGAGACUGGAGCCAAGAUCAAGGAGCUUACUAUGCUGGAAAGCAUCAAGAGUAACCUGUCGGAAGCUGUCACGCUUGAAAAUCCGACCCCGAAAACCACGUGCAUUGCUGAACCUUGUCUCAUGUGGGAAAUGUCUCUCUACAAAAUCUCCAAGGUAGUUCAGAGAAUCUUUCAAGGGUGGGGUUCAUUCAAUAGACAUUUGUAAUGCCUUAGAUUCAGGCUUUUCCUGAUGUGUUAAUAGGGUUAAAUUUUAUGGGUUCAAGCCUAUUUUUCUUCUUUUCAUUUGAUUGAAUAAAAGCAUGUAG